CGUUGUUACACCCUUUACCUAGGUAUUGACACCAUGGCCCUAAAGUCUGGCAUGAAGGCGUCGACUCGCCAGGCGCUCAAGCGCCAGGUAGUGGCCCCGGUCGCGUCGGCCGUGAAGGCCGUUUCCUGCGCUACGAUCACCCAACACGCUCAGGCUUCUUUCAAGGCCGGCUGCCGCAGGUCAGCUGUUACUCGCUACAGCAUCCGCCGUGCAGCUCGUGUGGCUCGCAAUGUCACGGUUGCUGCGGCUCCGGCCCCCACCUAUGAUUCCCGCCGUGAGUGGCCUCUGGACAAGUACCGCAACAUCGGUAUCAUGGCCCACAUCGACGCCGGCAAGACCACCACCACCGAGCGCAUCCUGUACUACACCGGCAAGUCGUACAAGAUCGGCGAGGUGCACGAGGGAACCGCCACCAUGGACUGGAUGGUCCAGGAGCAGGAGCGCGGCAUCACCAUCACCGCCGCCGCCACCACCUGCAUGUGGAAGGACCACCGCAUCAACAUCAUCGACACGCCGGGACACGUGGACUUCACGCUGGAGGUGGAGCGCGCGCUGCGAGUGCUUGACGGCGCUGUUGCGGUGUUCGACGCAGUGAGCGGCGUAGAGCCGCAGAGCGAGACGGUGUGGCGGCAGGCGGAUAAGUACAAGGUCCCCCGCAUCUGCUUCGUGAACAAGAUGGACCGCCUGGGCGCCGACUUCUACAACUGCGUGCGCAUGGUGGUGUCCAACCUGGGGGCCAAGCCGCUGUGCAUCCAGCUGCCCAUUGGCUCCGAGGAGCGCUUCCAGGGAGUUGUGGACCUGGUGAAGAUGAAGGCGAUUGUGUGGACGGGCGAGGAGCUGGGCGCGCGGUUCGAGGAGCGGGACAUCCCGGGGGACAUGGCGGAGCAGGCGGCGGAGUACCGCGAGAAGCUGAUCGACAUGAUUGUGGAGCAGGACGACGCGGUGCUGGAGAAGUACUUCGAGGGUGAGCUGCCCGACGAGGCCACCAUCGAGCGGCUAAUCCGCAAGGGCACCAUCGCGCAGGCCUUUGUCCCCAUCGUGUGCGGCACCGCCUUCAAGAACAAGGGCGUGCAGCCGCUGCUGGACGCGGUGGUCAAGUACCUGCCCAGCCCGCUGGAGAUUGAGGCGGUGCAGGGUGUCGACAUGAACGACGCCGAGGUGUCCAUGAUCCGCUCCGCCGACGACGCCACGCCCUUCUCCGGGCUGUGCUUCAAGAUCAUGACCGACCCCUUCGUGGGCUCCCUCACCUUCUGCCGCAUCUACAGCGGCGUGCUGGAGGCGGGCACCUACGCGCUCAACAGCAACAAGAACAAGAAGGAGCGCAUCGGGCGGCUCAUGAUGAUGCACGCGAACAACCGGGAGGACAUCAAGGUGGCGUUUGCGGGCGACAUUGUGGCCAUUGCCGGUCUGAAGGAUGUGAUCACGGGCGAGACGUUGUGUGACGACAAGGCGCCCAUCAUCUUGGAGAAGAUGGACUUCCCGGACCCAGUCAUCAAGAUCGCCAUCGAGCCCAAGUCCAAGGCCGACCUGGAGAAGAUGGGAGUGGGGCUAAACAAGCUGGCGCAGGAGGACCCCUCCUUCAACUUCUCGCGCGACGAGGAAACCAACCAGACCGUGAUCGAGGGCAUGGGUGAGCUGCACUUGGAGAUCAUCGUGGACCGCCUGCGCCGCGAGUUCAAGGUGGAGUGCGAGGUGGGUGCUCCCCAGGUCAACUACCGUGAAGGCAUCAGCCGCUCCAACGACGUGCGCUAUGUGCACAAGAAGCAGAGCGGCGGUGCCGGCCAGUUUGCGGACGUGGCGGUGCGCUUCGAGCCGGGCGAGCCGGGCACCGGGUUUGUGUUCAAGAGCGAGAUCAAGGGCGGCUCCGUGCCCAAGGAGUACGUGCCGGGUGUGGUGAAGGGGCUGGAGGAGUGCAUGAGCAGCGGCUCGCUGGCAGGUUUCCCCGUCGUGGAUGUCACCUGCACCCUCUUCGACGGCUCCUACCACGAAGUCGACUCCAGCGCGCUCGCCUUCCAGAUCGCCGCGCGCGGGGCCUUCCGCGAGGCUAUGGGCAAGUGCGGCGCUCGUCUGCUGGAGCCCAUCAUGCGCGUGGAGGUCAUGACGCCGGAAGACCAUAUGGGUGACGUGAUUGGCGACCUGAACAGCCGCCGCGGCAUCAUCAACAAGUUUGAGGACAAGCCGGGCGGCAUGAAGCUGGUGCAGGCCUACGUGCCGCUGAGCGAGAUGUUUCAGUAUGUGUCGGUGCUGCGCGGGAUGACCAAGGGCCGCGCGCAGUACACCAUGCAGCUGGAGCGGUACGAGGUGGUGCCGCCCAACAUCCAGCAGGACAUCGUGGCCAAGUCCAAGGCGGGCGUGGCUUAAGUGGGAGUUGGUGGUGAAGGAGAGGGAGGAGGAGCGGGCGGGAUUGGGUCAGGGUGUGUGGGUUCAGGGGUGGGAGUGGGACUAUUGUACGGUAAUUGGUUUGCGGCUGAAUAGGCUUUUGGGUCUAAGGCAGCUGUAGGACGGCAGCAAAGAGCGGUUUGAGGUUUACAGCUGCUGCGUGUUUUGUUGGGGGUAUUUCACACGGCUGAAAGCGACUUCCUUGAGGCUGCGAAGCUUCCCAUGUUCCAUUAUAUCAGACGAUAGUGUAGUUCCCGGGUGCGUGGUUGGUGAGCCUGCUUGGGCCGGAGCUCGGUUCGGUUCGGUGGGAUGUGUCUGAAACGCGUUGGGGGUUCGGAAUAGAGCGUCGCUGUUUGGAGUUCUAGCUGCGAGGAGUGGCUUCGGAGAGGAGCAUGAAAGGAGGUGCAGUCAAGCGCUAGUCGUGUUUAUGUUCGCUACUUGGAUUCGGUCGGGCUGCGAGCUGGUUUAGCCGACAAGCAUCGAGUGCUUUCGGGGUAUGUGCAUGUGUGAUAUUGGUAAUACGCAGACUUUUGCACUGGACUGGCGGGGAUGUUAAGGAGUAGUGGUGUCACCUGGACAGGGUUUUGAUGGGGUUUGCUGCAUCUCUUAAUGGCGCCGCCGGUGCCGCUAUUUAUUGGCGGUUUUUGCACGAGUUGAUGAGAGAGUGUGUGAGAGGCUGUAUGGUAAACGACGAGGUACAACGAUAAAUAUUGACAACACGGCUAGCGUAGGCUCCGAGGGAAACACUUCCUGUAAAUGCUGACACAUGUCUG